CAACCUUGCUACUUGCACAAUUUACUAGCAAAGGUUAUGCAGUGCCUGAACAAGAUCAUGGCAGAAUCACUGGGCCUCGUCACCAUCUGCCUUUUAGGAUAUCUACUCAGUGCUGAAUGUACAGUUUUUCUUGAUCGUGAAAAUGCCACCAAAAUUCUGACUCGGCCAAAGAGGUAUAAUUCAGGUAAAUUGGAAGAGUUUGUUCGAGGAAACCUUGAGAGAGAAUGUAUAGAAGAAAAGUGUAGUUUUGAAGAAGCACGAGAAGUCUUCGAAAACACUGAAAAAACUACUGAAUUUUGGAAGCAAUAUGUUGAUGGAGAUCAGUGUGAGUCCAAUCCAUGUUUAAAUGGCGGUAUGUGCAAGGAUGACAUUAAUUCCUAUGAAUGUUGGUGUCAACCUGGAUUUGAAGGAAAGAACUGUGAAUUAUACGCAACAUGCAGCAUUAAGAAUGGCAGAUGCAAGCAGUUUUGUAAAAACAGCGCUGAUAACAAGGUGAUUUGUUCCUGUACUGCAGGAUACCGGCUUGCAGAAGACCAAAAGUCCUGUGAACCAGCAGUGCCAUUUCCAUGUGGAAGAGUUUCUGUCUCACAUGCAUCUCUGAAGCCCACCCGUGCUGAGACUAUUUUUUCCAAUAUGGAUUCUGAAAAUUCUACUGAAGUUGGAACAAUUUGGGAUAACAUCACUCGAGUUGUUGGUGGAGAAAACGCCAAACCAGGUCAAUUCCCUUGGCAGGUCCUUUUGAAUGGUAAAAUUGAUGCAUUCUGUGGAGGUUCCAUCAUUAAUGAAAAAUGGGUCGUAACUGCAGCCCACUGUAUUGAACCUGGUGUUAAAAUUACCGUUGUUGCAGGUGAACAUAAUACUGAGGAGACAGAUCAUACAGAGCAGACACGAAAUGUGAUUCGUGCUAUUCCUCACCACAGCUACAAUGCAACUGUUAACAAAUACAACCAUGACAUUGCCCUUCUGGAACUGGAUAAACCCUUAACACUAAAUAGCUAUGUGACACCUAUUUGCAUUGCUGACAGGGAAUACACGACCAUCUUCCUCAAAUUUGGAUCUGGCUAUGUGAGUGGCUGGGGGAGAGUCUUCCACAGAGGGAGAUCAGCUUCAAUUCUUCAGUACCUUAAAGUUCCACUUGUUGAUCGAGCCACGUGCCUUCGGUCCACAAAGUUCACCAUCUAUAAUAACAUGUUCUGUGCUGGCUUCCAUGAGGGAGGUAAAGAUUCAUGCCAAGGAGACAGUGGUGGACCCCAUGUUACUGAAGUGGAAGGCACCAGUUUCUUAACUGGAAUUAUUAGCUGGGGUGAAGAGUGUGCAGUGAAAGGAAAAUACGGAAUAUAUACCAAGGUAUCCCGAUAUGUCAACUGGAUUAAGGAAAAAACAAAGCUCACUUAAAGAAAAAUGUAUGUCCAAGGUUGACAUAUUUGGGAUUGAAAAUGGACAAGGUCCUUUACUAACAAAUCACUUUCCCAUCUCAUUAGAUUUGAACAUAUACAUUCUAUGAAUAUUGCUUUUUCUCUUUACGGGGAGAAGUCUAUCUAGAAUUCAUGUUUUACUAGAAUAAGUAGAUUAGAAAAUGUAAUCACUAGAGAAAUAUACUGUGAAAGGAAAUUGUGACCAUUCCUACAGGUCCAGCCCUUGACAAAAUUGUGAAGUUAAAAGUUCUUCCUCCUGCCCAUCAGGCAUUGUUUCUCUACUGGGGCAACUUCCUGAUUUUCCCUCCUUAGCAGCAUUCCAUGUUCUAGAUCUUUCUUACAUCUCCCACCAAAACAUCAAAAUUUAUUAGAUCUGUAUCCAGGAUAUUUGGUCUAGUCCAUCACAAGGCCAGCACCACACUCAGAUGAUAGGAAGAACACAGGAGCAGCUGACAGGUU